CUCUCCGCUUCAACUUUUCCAAAUCUUCACUUUUGGUCUUUAGAAAUGUGUCGCUUGCUGUUAAGCUGCACGCGCCUGUCUGGCCGCUUCCACUUCCGCCCGCUGCCACCGGACGCCUGUCCAACUCACCCCACAGCCGGCCUGGUGACUCGACCCCAACCAGGAGGCGGAGCCCUGUACGAGUUCCGCACCUACCAAAUCCAUCCGGACCGAAACUCUGCCUUCCUGAAGCUGACCGAUGAGAAAAUUCACCUGAGGACCGCCCACUCGGAGCUUGUCGGCUACUGGCGCGUGGAGUACGGCGCCCUCAAUCAGGUCUUCCACAUUUGGAAGUACGAGUCGUAUGCCCACCGCACGGCUGUGCGCUCGGCGCUAGCGCAAGACGAACGCUGGAUGAACGAGUACAUCGUACACGCCAUGCCCAUGCUCGCGCGGCAAGACAACCGCGUCGUCGCCCUGUUGCCGUGGAGCAGCAUCAGCGCCCCCCCACGGCUCGGAGGCAUCUUUGAGCUGACGUCCUUCAGGACGCGUCCGGGCACGGGCCACGCUUGGGCCGCGUCUUUCCAGAAUAGCGACGAGCCAGGACGCCCUCGCUUGGUGGCCGCCUUCCGCGGAGACGUGGGCCAUCCGGACACAGUUUAUGCCCUGCGCUGGUUCGAGAGCGCCGACGAGCGAGGCCUAACCCCGAGCGAUGCCGACGCGUCUGGCCCGGUGGAAUCUCGCCGGAACAAACUGAUGUUCCCCUGCUCCUUCUCGCCGCUCAAGUGAGGCGCUUUCUGCAGAAAUCGCGUGGGGAUGUUUUGCCGUCCCUCCCACGGCUCACUUCCUGGAGAUAUUCGCUCAUUUGAAGCAUGUUCAAGUCACUUCCUUGUUAACUCAAUGGCUGCCAUCGACGACGCUGGACACCCACUCCUUUUAGACUGGGAAAGACCAAUUAAAGUUCGCUCAUUUCCAUGUUCAUUUCAGGUUACUGUAUAUUUUGGAACAUUGCGGGGUCACUUCUUUGUUCGUUCGCUGAUCAGCCCUUCCACUUCAAAGGAUUGGAUGCCUAGCGUUGUCUAUGGCAGCCACUGAAUAUAUAGCAGAUGCUUUAACAUUAAUAAAAUAUCAAAAUCA